AUGCUCAAACCUAUAACCAAUUUUGCUCGCCAGGUACGAGUCCCCUGCAAUAAGACGCACAUUCUGCUGCGGGCGGCAUCAGUUGAAGAAGUGAGCACUGGUGGUGGGGAGGUCCGGAUAGUCUUUGACGCACAUGCAGGGAAACCUAAGCACAGCAGCGGCGGCGUCAGCGGCAGUGGCAGUAUCAAAGGGAAAGAUGCCAGUGCUGCUGACAGCUACACGACAUAUACUUCUGCAACUUUUGCGGUGGAGGCGAGCCAUUUCACAGCAGAGGGGAUAGUGUUUGAGAACGCAGCAGGACCGCAGUGUGGGGGCGCAUCAGGGCAGCACCAGGCGGUGGCAGUGCGGGUGACAGCGGAGCGAGCAGCGUUCCACCGGUGCAGCUUCCUGGGGUGGCAGGAUACGCUCUACUUGCACCGUGGCAGCGCGUGGUUCAGGGAUUGCCGAGUGGAGGGAUCUGUGGACUUUAUCUUUGGAGGACCCAAGGCACGAGGCUACUGGAAGGGGUGUGAGGUGGCAGUAAGGGGCAGGGGGUGGAUGACAGCUCACCGCAGGGAUCUCACCCAGUGGCCUGACGACACCAAUGGUGCAUUCGUCUUCGAUGCAUGCUCCAUUCAAGCGGCAGAUGCAUCAGUGCCUGACAGCUGUGCGCUGCUGGGACGGCCAUGGGGUCCAGAUGCGCGUGUGCUGCUGCAUGGGUGCAACAUAGGAGCCGUGGUGAAGGCAGAGGGGUGGGGCACAUGGAACUCUGCGACUGAUGUUUCUCGCCCUAGGUUCCUCGAGUGGGAGUGCACCGGACCCCGUGCUUCAUUGGCUCAUGUGCUCCAGUGGUGGGCGGCAGUGCUGCGGCCGGCUGUCUGCCAGAUCAUAUGUGGCGCCGCGUAUGGCCUCCCAGCGCGGGCCGCAUGGCCGCUUCGUGGUAACCAUCUCAUAUGCUGUCCGCAGCUGUAG